CUCUGUGAAUUGCCUUGAAACUAGUAAAUUUGGCGCAUGGGUCCUUGUUUUUGGAUAUAAAUAAUACGAAAUGAGUGCGUUAAUGUUUUGAAAUAAAGAAUCUGCUCACCCUUAAAGGCGGUCGGAGGAUUUUGGAGUGUUGUUACAUCAGGUCUUUGUCAGUAUUAUCAAAGUUGGGAAAGGAGUGAAACGCUUGCAGGACCAUGAGUGAGCUGGAGCAGUUGCGGCAGGAGGCAGAGCAGCUGCGCAAUCAGAUCAGAGAUGCCAGGAAAGCAUGCAGCGACUCCAGCCUGUCCCAGAUUACAGCUGGUCUGGAUUCAGUUGGGAGGAUCCAGAUGAGAACGAGGCGGACACUCCGAGGCCAUUUAGCCAAAAUCUACGCCAUGCACUGGGCUACUGAUUCUAGGUUACUAGUUAGUGCCUCACAAGAUGGCAAACUCAUCAUUUGGGACAGCUACACCACAAACAAGAUUCAUGCCAUUCCAUUAAGGUCAUCAUGGGUGAUGACUUGUGCCUACGCUCCCUCAGGGAAUUAUGUAGCCUGUGGAGGCCUGGACAACAUCUGCUCAAUCUAUAGCCUUAAAACCCGUGAGGGCAAUGUCAGAGUCACUAGAGAACUUCCAGGACACACAGGUUAUUUGUCGUGUUGUCGCUUUCUGGAUGAUAGUCAGAUAGUCACCAGCUCUGGAGAUACUACAUGUGCUCUGUGGGACAUUGAGACUGGUCAGCAGACCACCACAUUCACAGGGCACAGUGGAGAUGUGAUGAGCCUGUCUCUCAGCCCAGACUCUAGGACUUUUGUGUCUGGUGCCUGUGAUGCGUCCUCGAAAUUGUGGGACAUCCGAGACGGAAUGUGCAGACAGUCUUUCACGGGACAUGUUUCUGAUAUAAAUGCUGUCAGUUUCUUCCCAAAUGGUAAUGCGUUCACCACAGGCUCGGACGAUGCCACUUGUCGUUUGUUUGACCUUCGCGCAGACCAGGAACUGAUGAUGUAUUCGCAUGACAACAUUAUCUGUGGCAUCACCUCUGUGGCCUUCUCUAAGAGUGGCCGCUUGCUGCUUGCUGGCUACGAUGACUUCAACUGCAAUGUAUGGGAUACUCUAAAGGGAGAGCGUGCAGGUGUUCUAGCUGGGCAUGACAACAGAGUCAGCUGUUUGGGAGUAACCAGUGAUGGCAUGGCUGUGGCCACCGGUUCUUGGGACAGCUUCCUUAGGAUAUGGAACUGACCUCACUGGGUUGGACUUCGGGAGCCACUCUUUCUGAUCACACAAUCACUGUAGUGCACCGCUGCCACAGAGGACCCUUCCCUCUCCAUCUCCUCCUUAUAGAUGACCUAGUUUUCUUCAUCUUCUCUCUUUCUUAGACCGCAUUAUCCCACCAUCCUGCAGUCAGUCAAAGAGGUGAGGACCAACAGCGAUGAGCCUCCACUGGCUCACUGUCUUUCUGGCUUGAUGUCUGACUCGAGGUGGGGGACACGACUGUGUUGUGUACAGUAUAUAUCUGCCAUUCUGUGUGCUUGUAUGUAUAACAUAUGCACUUCUGACAGUGUUUGGAUGUUCUGAUGUGUGGAUACUCGUGAUGGGUGUCUUAACUGUCCCUGUUUUCUUUUCCUGCUUAUUUUUUUUCUCUUUGUCCCCAAUCACAGUGCUAUUUGCCAGACACAGUGGCCAGUGUAAUUAACUAAGGGAUUAGGCUGCCACAGUAUUGUAGGCCAUUAGUGUUUGGCCCUCAACCUUAAUUUAGUUUGCGUCAGGUAGCAUCAGUGUUGGGUCUAUUCUUUCAUAAAUGGUUCAGGCUCAGCUUGGUAAUGUGUAGUUGUGAGAGAAACACUGAUGCCACUGAGCUUGUGUUUGCCACCCUCUAAGCUUGACAGUAAUGUUUGGCGUGUUUCAGUGUAUUAAACUGUAUUACAGACAGCACAGAAGGAUUUACUAUCAGCCUGUCUGUCCAUCUGUCUUUACUAUCACUAUAUGUACUAUCUGAGAUUUGCUGCUUUCCAUAUUUAUUUGGCUGGAUAUAUGAUACAUAUAUGGUUAAAGGGAUAGUUCACCCACAAGUGUAAUUUGUUGUAAUUUGCUCACCCUCAUG